AACAGUUCAUUUGCAAAAACAGAUAACUCAAAAAUAAUGUAACACUCAUGCAAUUGUAAUGAUAUUUUUCCAGAAAGUGCCAACUUUAUGUGCAAACUUAAAAAAAAAUAAUCAAGUGCACUUUUCUCUACUUUUUGGGUCCACUUUGUGAUUGAGGAAAGCGCAAUGCCACGUUUGCCACUGUUGGUGUAAAUGACACUCAACACAACAGUGUGACCUUCAGCGCGUGAGAAACUCGAGACCCGCUUUACGUUUUGACCCUUUCGGCUUGCCAUACUGGCUGAACGCCUAGUACUGCAUGCAAACCAAUGAAAAUGCAGGAACAUGUCUGUUUUCCCCUCUAAAGUGUGUGCCAUCUUUCCGUUCCGUGCAUGCAUCUCUCUCCUCGAGCAGCUGAUUGUGUUGUGCGUGCAUUAGGAACCGGAUUGCACACAUGCAUGGCCGUCAUCCGGGUUGCAUUCGUGCCGCAGACGCCAGAGAGGGAGAGAGAGCCGCUCACAUCGCGGUAAAUCAAAGGUGAAGCCAGGACAGAGAGGAAAAGGAAUGGCGUCCGCGCUCGGCUCCGGGACUCUAACUAAAGAUGAUGUGAAAUACUGGAUGCAUUUCCGCAUGAUCAACGAGCAGCAGGUGGAGGACAUCACCAUCGACUUCUUCUACAAGCCUCACACCAUCACCCUGCUCACAUGCGCCGUGCUCAGCCUCAUGUACUUCGCGUUUACGCGAGAUGAUGGAAACCCUGACAGUAACCUGUGGGUGGGUCUCAUCCUGGUCAUCUCCUUCUUCUUGAUCAUCAGCGUUCUCGCCUUCCCCAAUGGUCCGUUCACAAGACCCCAUCCAGCAGUGUGGCGUAUAGUGUUCGGAUUGAGUGUGCUGUACUUCCUCUUCCUGGUUUUCAUCAUCUUCCUGAACUGGGAGCAGGUCAAGUCUCUCAUGUUCUGGCUGGAUCCCAAUCUGCGCUACGCCAAACGGGAAGCUGACAUCAUGGAGUAUGCUGUGAACUGUCAUGUGAUCACCUGGGAGCGAAUCCUCAGCCACUUCGACAUCUUCGCCUUCAGUCACUUCUGGGGCUGGGGCAUGAAGGCUCUGCUGAUCCGCAGCUAUGGCCUGUGCUGGACCAUCAGCAUCACCUGGGAGCUGACCGAGCUGUUCUUCAUGCAUCUUCUUCCGAAUUUCGCGGAGUGCUGGUGGGAUCAGGUCAUCCUGGAUAUCCUGCUGUGUAACGGAGGCGGGAUCUGGCUGGGAAUGACCGUCUGCCGCUUCCUGGAGAUGCGCACGUAUCACUGGGCAAGCAUCAAAGACAUCCACAGCACCACGGGGAAGAUCAAGCGCGCCGCUCUACAGUUCACGCCGGCCAGCUGGACAUACGUGCGCUGGCUCGACCCCAAAUCCUCCUUACAGAGAGUGAUGGGAGUCUAUCUGUUCAUGAUCAUCUGGCAGCUGACGGAGCUCAACACGUUCUUCCUGAAGCACAUCUUCGUGUUCCCAGCAUGCCACGCUCUCAGCUGGUGCAGGAUCCUGUUCAUCGGGAUCAUCACGGCUCCUACUGUACGGCAGUAUUACGCCUAUCUGACGGACACUCAGUGCAAGCGGGUCGGGACUCAGUGCUGGGUGUUUGGGGCGAUCGCGUUCCUGGAGGCCUUGGCGUGCAUCAAAUUCGGACAAGACUUGUUUUCCAAGACGCAGGUGUUGUAUGUGUUCCUGUGGCUCUUGUGUUUGGUCUUCACCACGUUCCUGUGUCUGUACGGGAUGGUCUGGUUUGCUGAGAACUACGGGCCCCGACAGAAGAGCUUCUCGGAGUGUGAGGACAGUAACUACACGGAGUCUGGAGACGCUGCGUCUGGAAGCAGAGGGGAGUUUGAGGCGGACAGCACGACUUCCUCUUCCACCAGGAAACGGAGGGACUCGGGAAAUAACAGAAGCAUCAACGGCGUGGAGAAAUAAGGCCGACUUUUGCACAGGUGUUGCUCCUGUUAGCAGAGGGAACAUCAGAUGACUGUGAUGAUGAUGAUGAUGAUGAUGAUGAUGAUGAAGCAAGGCCCUUUUUAAAGGCAAUAAUGUGUGUCUGGUGAUUAGUUAGCGAGCUCACUUCACCUGUUGAACUACAGAGACUAGUUAACCAGGUUAGAUCCCAAGCAGUGCUGGUAUUUUCAGUCGCAUGCGUGACUCGUCUCAGUUCUGGAUUUGAUGUCACCGCUGUAUUUUACUGUAUGCAGCCGAUUUCAGAGUAUGUUAUGCAUAUCAUAAUGUGUUUACAUUUUAAAGUCAACAUGAUAUCAGAAUAUACCUUCAUAAAACACGUUAUUAUUGUGCAUUCUGCUGGUGCAUGUUCUUUCAAAUUAUUUUCUUUAAGUGAUAAAUGUAUAUGUAGAGUUUGGGGUUGUUAGGAAUUUUUAUGUUUUUUUUUUAUGUUUUUGAAAGAAGUCUCUUCUGCUCACAAAGGCUGCAUUUAUUUGAUCAAAAACACAGUUAAAAAUGUGAAAUAGUAUUGAAAUUUAAAAUAACUGUUUUCUAAGUGAAUAUCUGUUAAAGUGUAAUUUAUUUCUGUGAUGCUCCGCUAUAUUUUCAGCAUCAUUUCUCCAGUCUUCAGUGUCACAUGAUCUUCAGAAAUCAUGAAAAUAUGAUGAUUUACUGCUCAAGAAACAUUUCUGAUUAUUGUCAAUGUUGCACACAGUUGUGCUGCACAAUAUUUUUGUGGAAAACGUGAUGCAUUUAUUUGAAAACAGAAAUCAUUUGCAACAUUAUAAAUGUUUUUAAUUGCACUUUUGAUCAAUUUAAUGCAUCCUUGAUGAUGAAAAGCAUUUCUUUCUCACAAAUAAAAUCUUACUGACCCCAAACAUCUGAACGCUAAAGUGCAUCAGAUUCUGGAGAUAAAAUGGUUUGCUUGUCUGAAAGUGUUGAUUCGGACUGACUUCAUCUGUUCAGGAGUUGAAUGUUUCCUGGUUAAGCUGCUUUAAAGGAAUCGUGUUGGAGAUGAAUCUCACUGCACUUUCAUGUUUUCUGGUCUGGUGUUUGUUUCUAGAGCAUCUCUGCUUCUCCAGCUGCUUACUUUUUUCACAACAAAAUUCUAAUAAUAAUGAACUUUUAAUCCCUUACAAUUCUGACUUUUUUUUCUCUCUCUCAUAAUUCCGAGUUUACAUCUUGUAAUUCUGUCUUUUCUUUUUUAGAAUUAAUAGAUGCAUUCAAUUCUGAGAAGAAAAAUAUUAUUGCUAGUUUACAGCAAAUGCAAGGAAAAAGUCAGAAAUAUGAGCCAAAAAAAAAAACGAAUUGCGAUGAAGUCACAAUUGCCUUUAUAUAUAUUUUUUUCCUUGGAGAAAACAAGUUUUUUUUAAAAAAAAAGUGUACAAUUCUGAAUUUUUUUUUAAUCUCAAAUUUCAGCUUUUUUGUCACCGCUUUGAUUUUUUUAAAAUCUCACAUGAAAGAUGUCAAGUUAAAUUUUUAGUUUAAUUGCAUUACAAAAAAUGUACAUUGCAUUUAUUUCAAAAGUUUUAAAUCUUUUAAAUCAAUUUUUUUUCUCGCAAUUCACAUUUAGUUUUCUUCUCACAAUUUUGAUUUGUCUCACAAUUCAGAUUUAGUUUAUUCUCACCUUUCGCUUAUUUUAUCAAAUAUGAGACUUUUUUUUUCUUGCAGUUCGAGUCAUCUCGCAUUUGACUUUUCUUUCAAUUCAGAUUAUUAUUUUUUUUGGUCACAUUUCUGACUUUGUCACAGUUGAAUCUUAUCUCGUAUUUCUUGCAAUUGCGCAGCUCAGAAUGUAUUUGUAGACACAGAAAUAGUUUAUAUACUGUGAGAAAGGCAAAAAUGAAACCAUAAACAUUAAAUUUCGACAAAUUUUAAUGUAUCAUUAUUAUGAAAAAAGUUGUGAGGAAAAACUCAGAACAGUGAGUUUUUUUUAUCAUUUUGUUCCUCGGUGUAAAUAAACUGCAGUUUUUAGUUUUUCAUGUUAGCUAGAAUCAUCACAUUAUUAUGUUCCUGAUCAUCACACUCUUACAGCAGUAUUCAAGCCUUCACAGACUUCUGUGUCCUGUGUUUAACACAGAUAUCGUGUGCCUGCAUGCAUGUGUUAAUGACUCUCACCUGUUCCUUGUUUGUGUGUGUUGUGCAUAAGUGUUUUUCCUGAUAUGAUCACUCCAGAGCGGCGUGGCUGAUGUUAAUCUAGUCUUUUAAUUGCAGUAUCCUGAGACUGAAAUGUUUUGCACUCAACGAUUACUUAGUUCACACAGGAUCUGCUAAGUUUCAGUGUUUUGUUGCUCACACUAACGCAUCUGUUAAGUGUUGGUUGAAACAUCACUAGUUUAGUCCUGUGAAUGAAUUAUGUUCCUCUAUUAAUAAUGUGACGGUCUGCUGAUGAUCCGAGCGUCAUGUGAAGCUUCACAGACUCUUGUAUUGGCAUCUGUGAAACAUUUCAAUGCCUUUUUGUCCUUAUUUUUGCAUUUCACGUAAAUUGUAAAUGAUUCUGCGUCUCUCAAUGAUAUUAAACGACUAGUUUUCUGUGAAGAAUGGCACAGCGUAACUGAACUUUGCAGCUUUUCAAUAUAUGACUUUUGUUUAUGUGUUUGUUUGAUCACCAUUUACAUGCAACUACCUGGGAUGUAAGUGAAUCUUGUGAUUAAAUUUCAUGUUUCUUGUGA